AUGGAACAACCUUAUGAAAAUCCCAAUUUACCUGUGAAAUCCAGUAAAGCAAGAGAAGGAAGAGAAAAUCAACGUUAUAAUUCAGAAACAGGAGCUAGAAUCGUAGCUGGAUGUAUAUGUCUUGAUGAAACCAAAGAUAAAAUAAUUAUGAUAUCAUCAUCUAAACAUAAAAAUAAAUGGAUUAUACCUAAAGGAGGAAAUGAAUUAGAUGAAUCAGAAUUAGAAACAGCAGUUAGAGAAACAUGGGAAGAAGCAGGAGUUGAAGGAAUUAUACUUAAAAAAUUACCAGUUGUUCUUGAUUCUAGAGGUAAUAAAGCUCCUAUAAUUAAAGGAGAAUUUAAUCCUGAUAUUGCAACUCCAAAAUCUGAAUUUCAUUUUUUUGAAUUACAAGUUGAUAAAUUAAGUACGGAAUGGCCAGAAAUGAAUAAAAGACAAAGAAGAUGGUGCACUUAUUCAGAAGCAAAACAUGAAUUAAUUAAACUGAAAAGACCAGAAUUAGUAGAUGCAUUAGAUCUGUCUUCUAUUAUAAAGGAUUCUGAUGGAAAUAAUUAUUAG